ACCGACCCCAUAUUCUUCCCUCUCUCUCUCUCUCUCUCUCGUGAGCACAGUAAUAUCGUUUUUCAUCCUCAAACACUUGGUUCUCGACUGCUGCAUCACAUGAGCUAUGCUUUUCCGGUCAAGCUGAAGCUAACUUGAUAACCAGAGAAGAAGAGAGACACACAGAGAGAGAGACAGAGAGACAGACAGACGGAAAGAUGGUGAUCCGGACGAUGGGAUGUCUCCCUCUUGCGCUGUAUGCGCUGGUCUCGUUAAUGGCAAUGGCGUACUUCGGAGGCCGUACGGCGAACGGCGACGACGUCCCCGUCCAGCUGAACGACGACGUGUUGGGCUUGAUCGUCUUCAAGUCGGACCUCUCCGACCCCGCCUCGUAUCUCGGCUCGUGGAGCGAAGACGAUACCUCGCCAUGUUCCUGGAGAUACGUGCAAUGCGACCCGGUCACCGGUCGAGUCACCGAGGUCUCGCUUGACGGCUUAGGCCUGUCGGGCAAGAUUGGGAGAGGCCUCGAAAAGUUGGAUCGCCUCAAGGUGCUCUCGCUGUCGCGCAACAACUUCACCGGCAGCAUCAGCCCGCAGCUUGCCCUCCCAAGUGGCCUCCAUAGGUUCAACCUCAGCCGCAAUGGCCUUUCGGGUCGCUUCCCCACUUCUCUCGUGAACAUGAGCUCGAUCAGAUUCCUUGAUCUCUCCGAGAACUCGUUCGCAGGGCCGCUUCCUGACAGCCUCUUCGACGGCUGCUCCUCGCUCCACGUCGUUUCUUUCGCCGGGAACAUGCUCGAAGGGCCGAUUCCCAGCAGUUUGGCCAAAUGCAUUACCCUCAACAGCCUUAACCUCUCCGGCAACAAAUUCUCCGGCGACCCAAAUUUCGCCUCGGGAAUCUGGACUCUGCGAAGACUCCGGGUACUGGAUCUCUCGAACAACAUGCUCUCUGGGCUAAUCCCGGCGGGGGUUUCGGCCAUACACAACCUGAAAGAGCUCCUCUUGGGAGGGAACCGUUUCGCAGGUCAGCUACCGGCGGAUGUAGGACUGUGCCCGCACUUGACCGCAUUGGAUUUCCACGACAAUCUCCUCGCAGGGGCACUGCCCGCGUCGCUCCGGAAUCUAUACUUCCUCGUUUCUCUCAGCUUAGCGAAUAACAUGCUGACCGGGGAUUUCCCCGAUUGGAUUGGUAAUAUGAGUAAACUUCAAUACUUGGACUUCUCGGGCAAUAAGUUCACCGGAAGGAUCCCGACGUCGGUAGGUAACCUGCAAUCUUUGAGGUACCUUAGCUUAUCUGACAAUGGGCUAUCUGGAAACAUUCCCUUUUCUCUUGCCUACUGUUCCAAGCUAACGGUCAUAAGGCUGAGGGAUAAUAGCAUAACGGGUAGUGUACCGGGGGAAUUGUUCGAUCUUGGAUUGCAGGAAGUCGAUUUUUCGAAUAACAAGCUGGUCGGUCCCAUCCCCCCGGGUUCAAGUAGGCUCUUCCAAUCUCUUCACACCCUGGAUUUGUCGAGAAACAAUCUGAGCGGAGAUAUUCCUGCCGAGAUGGGUCUUCUAUCCAACCUGAGGUACUUGAACCUGUCCUGGAAUGGCCUGAGUUCGAGAAUUUCACCCGAGCUCGGGUACUUCCAGGACCUCACCGUGCUGGAUUUCCGCAACAACGAUUUGUACGGCUCGAUUCCUGGAGAUAUAUGCGAUUCGGGUAGUUUGGCCAUUCUUCAAUUGGACGGCAACGCAUUAACCGGGCCGAUUCCGGAAGAAAUUGGGAACUGUUCAUCUCUGUACUUGCUGAGCUUGUCCCAUAACAAUUUGAGCGGUCCCAUUCCCAAAUUGGUCUCGACGUUGAGCAAUCUCAAGAUUCUAAAGCUGGAGUUCAACGAGCUGAGUGGGGAAAUACCGCAAGAACUCGGGAAGUUAGAAGAGCUCCUAGCUGUGAAUGUAUCCAACAAUAGGCUCGUAGGAAGGCUUCCUGCUGGGGGCAUAUUCCCCAGUUUGGAUCAAAGUGCUAUUCAAGGGAACUUAGGGAUUUGCUCGCCAAUAUUGAAAGGUCCGUGCGUGAUGAACGUCCCGAAGCCCCUAGUCCUCGACCCAUAUGCUAACGGUAACGGCCAGCGGGAUGGCCAUAAGCAUAGAAAUGAAGGUUCCAGUCACAACCACAUGUUCCUCUCUGUUUCGGCUAUUGUCGCGAUCUCGGCGGCCUUUCUCAUUGCAUGCGGAGUGAUAGCCAUUAGUCUGCUGAACGUGUCUGCCCGAAGAAGGCUUGCAUUCGUUGAUACCGCCUUGGAAAGCAUGUGCUCGAGCUCUUCAAGAUCUGGGAGCCUGGCUAUGGGAAAGCUCAUCCUGUUCGACUCGAAGGUAUCCUCGGACAUUAGCUUGAACAACCCCCAUUCCUUGCUAAACAAAGCUUCCGAGAUUAGCGAGGGAGUGUUUGGGACCGUGUUCAAGGUUCCGUUUGGCGCACAAGGAAGGAUGUUGGCAGUAAAAAGGCUUGUCACAUCGAACAUAGUCCAAUAUCAGGAAGAUUUUGAUCGGGAAGUUCGUGUCCUAGGAAGAGCGAGGCAUCCCAACUUGAACGCGCUGGUCGGAUAUUAUUGGACUCCGCAGCUGCAACUGAUCGUGACAGACUACGAGCCGAAUGGCAGUCUGCACUCCAAACUCCACGAGAGGCUUCCUACUUCGCCACCGCUUUCUUGGGCAACCCGAUUCAAAAUCGUGCUCGGCGUUGGAAAGGGACUCGCCCACUUGCACCAUUCUUUCCACCCACCGAUCAUCCACUACAACAUUAAGCCCAGCAACAUCUUGCUCGACGAAAACAAUAGUCCCAAGAUAUCGGAUUUCGGGCUGGCAAGACUCCUUACCAAGCUGGACAGGCACGUGAUGAGCAACAGGUUCCAGAGCGCGCCAGGGUACGUGGCACCGGAACUGGCAUGCCAGAGCUUGAGGGUCAACGAGAAGUGCGACGUCUACGGCUUUGGGAUCUUGAUACUCGAGCUGGUGACCGGGAGGAGACCGGUGGAGUACGGGGAAGACAACGUGGUGAUCCUGAGCGACCAUGUCAGGGUCUUGCUUGAGCAGGGCAAUGUGUUGGAUUGCGUGGAUCCGAGCAUGACCGAGUACCUGGAGGAUGAGGUCUUGCCGGUACUGAAGUUGGCGCUGGUAUGCACCUCUCAGGUACCAUCAAGCAGGCCUUCCAUGGCCGAAGUGGUGCAGAUACUGCAGGUGAUCAAGACCCCAGUACCACAUCGAAUGGAACCAUAUUGACAAUAGUCUGAACAUCCUCUGAGGGGUAAUGCGUUUAACACUUCACCUGUUUUCCUCCUACUAAAUCAUCUCAAUAGAUGAAAGAUUGUUCUUUGUUUUCUUGUCUCCUACUUUUGUUGCUGCUCUGCAGAUGUAUUACAUAACUGUCCGAGCCUUCUAUUGUCUAAAAGAGAAUUUCAUGGGCUCCAA